CCCCGCCCUCCCCGGGGGGCACCCGCCCUCAACCAGUUUGGCAGGGCAGGCCUGGUCUGGAGAUGGGCGGGGAGCCCUGAGCCUCCGCGCCUUCCUGGGCGCCUCCUCCCGCCCCCAGCCGCCCGCCGGACACCCAGGCCUCGCCGAGCCGGACGCCGGGCGCUCGAGGCCCGGGAGUCGGCGUCCCCGGGGGAGACCCCCCAAGAAGGGUGCGCGGCCCCGGUAGCCCGCCCGACGGCCGUCCGGGCGGGGAGCCCUCCCCGGGGCGGGGCCAUGCCGCCUGGUGCCCGCUGAGGCCCCCACCAUGGCCCGCUCGCUGACCUGGUGCUGCUGCCCCUGCUGCCUGACCGAGGAUGAGAAGGCGGCGGCCCGGAUCGACCAGGACAUCAACAGGAUCCUGCUGGAGCAGAAGAAGAGGGACCGCGGGGAGCUGAAGCUGCUGCUUCUGGGUGAGCGGGCGGGUGGGGUGAAAACGUUCAUCAAGCAGAUGCGCAUCAUCCACGGGGCGGGCUACUCGGAGGAGGAGCGCAAGGGCUUCCGGCCCCUCAUCUACCAGAACAUCUUCGUGUCCAUGCAGGCCAUGAUCGAGGCCAUGGACUGGCUGCAGAUUCCGUUCAGCAGGCCCGAGAGCAGGAUCGAGACUAUGUCCCCUCAGAACCACAGCUACCUGUCCCACCUGGAGCGCAUCACUGAGGAGGACUACAUCCCCACGGCACAGGACGUGCUCCGGAGCCGCAUGCCCACCACCGGCAUCAAUGAGUACUGCUUCUCCGUGCAGAAGACCAACCUGCGGAUCGUGGACGUCGGGGGCCAGAGGUCGGAACGGAAGAAGUGGAUCCACUGCUUUGAGAACGUGAUCGCCCUCAUCUACCUGGCCUCGCUCAGCGAGUAUGACCAGUGUCUGGAGGAGAACAACCAAGAGAACCGGAUGAAGGAGAGCCUGGCCCUGUUCGGCACUAUCCUGGAACUGCCCUGGUUCAAAAGCACGUCCGUCAUCCUCUUCCUCAACAAAACUGACAUCCUAGAAGAGAAGAUCUCCACCUCCCACUUGGCUACCUACUUCCCCAGUUUCCAGGGCCCGAAGCAGGACGUGGAGGCAGCCAAGAAGUUCAUCCUGGACAUGUACACUAGAAUGUACUCCAGCUGCGUGGACAGCGCCGACGGGAGCAGGAAGGGUCCGCGCUCCAGGAGACUCUUCAGCCACUACACGUGCGCCACGGACACGCAGAACAUCCGCAAGGUCUUCAAGGACGUGCGGGACUCGGUCCUGGCCCGCUACCUGGACGAGAUCAACCUGCUGUGAGCCAGGCCCCGCUGCCCCCGGGCUCAGACCCGCGCGUGGCAGGCGGGACCUGCGGGCGGACCGGUGCUCAGGGAGCCCAGAUGCCGCUUGUCGCUCGGCCCCAGGUCCAGGUGGCCGAAGGGCUGUGAGUGAGUCAGAGGUUGACGGCGGCGGGUCGUCGUCCCCCUCCUGUCUCUGCCCCUCACUAGGACAUCCCCUGGGUUUGCCCCCCCCCCUUGACUCAGUUUACCUCCUCGGAAAGGGAGGGCAAGGGCCACUUGGGAUGCCAGGGUCGGGGGAAAAGUGGGGCGAGCGGAGGAUGUAGGAUCUCUCCUGGGCAGAGGCCGGGACCUCCGCGGAGGGGCUGCCCCAGCCCGGUGACGGGGGAGUGGGCCUUCCAUCGAGGGACCGGACUCUGGCGCCCCCUGGCGGACAUGAAGCGGCACCGACCCGCUGAGGCCUGGGUAGCGCGGGGACUUCCUGUUCCCGGCUGGAAAAGCGCCCCGGAAAACGCUGUCCCUUUCACGAUCUGAGGCUCACAGGGUGUCCUGCCCUGUUUACAGACGAGGGAACCUGAGGCCCACAGGCAUCCCCCCGCUUCCCAGGCUGGGGGCCGGGCGCACCGCAACAUCCCUUCUGUAUUUAUUCCCUCCCCUUCUGUUGCGCCCCUCGCAGGACAUUAAAGAAACGACAUUCUGGAC